GUCCAGCCCCACUGCCACCCCACCUGUGUGCCCACAAGCAGCCCCCCCUGUGCCCCCUGGUGCUCUCCCCCUCCACAGUGAGAACUGACACAACUCAUUACAGUGAUAGCCCAAGCACCCCAGGGUGCCUUUUGGCAGCACGUUCCCACUUGCAGGGGACAAGGCAGGUGCCAAGUUUGGCCCGUCACCAUUGCCCGCAGCUGACAGAAGGCAGCAGGGGGACCUUGCCCUACCUGGCUACGAGCCAUGCGUCUCCCGACUCCUAUAAAAGCCGGUGGCCCCAGGGGCACAGCCCUGUCCUGCCAGGAUGGCGUUCCUCUGGGCAGUCGUCUGCUUGGCCCUUGCCAGCACCGUCUCAGGCUGCGGGGUGCCCGCCAUCAGCCCCCUGGUGCAAUACAGCGAGAAGAUCAUCAACGGGCACAACGCUGUGCCCGGCUCAUGGCCCUGGCAGGUGUCCCUGCAGACCCGCUCGGGAUCCCACUUCUGUGGCGGCUCCUUGAUCAGUGAGGAAUGGGUCGUCACGGCUGCCCACUGCCAAUUCAACCCCUACUCCCACGUCGUCGUCCUGGGGGAAUAUGACCUCACCUCCAACUCGGAGUCCGUCCAAGUGAAGACCGUGUCCAGGGCCAUCACGAACCCCAACUGGAACCCCAACACCCUCAACAACGACAUCACCCUGCUGAAGCUCUCCUCGCCCGCCCGGCUGGGAGCCCGCGUCUCCCCCGUCUGCCUGGCACCCGCCAACCUGGCUGUGCCCACCAACCUCCAGUGCGUCACCACCGGCUGGGGACGCAUCAGCACCAGCUCCCAAGCCAUGGCCCCACGCCUGCAGCAGGUCGUUGUGCCCAUAAUCUCCCCGAGCCAGUGCAAGCAGUACUGGGGCAACCGGAUCACCAGCUCCAUGCUCUGUGCCGGCGGCGUUGGCGCCUCCUCCUGCCAGGGUGACUCUGGCGGACCUCUGGUAUACCAGAACGGAAACGUCUGGACCUUGAUCGGCAUCGUCUCCUGGGGAAACAGCAACUGCAACAUCCGCACGCCUGCCAUCUACACCCGCGUAAGCCAGUUCCGAAACUGGAUCGAAUACGUUGUUUCUCAGGGUUAGAGGCCGUGCCAGAGGAAUCCCUGUGCCGGGCGCUGCUCCCAGCGCGGUGAGCUGGGCAGAGCCAGCGAGGGCUGAGCUGGACACAAGGCACCCCACUGCGAAAUAAAGUGUCAGCAUUUGCUUGUGCCAAGCGCUGCCUCUGGUUCUUUCCUCUGGCAAUGCAGACUGGUGGAGAAGGCGCACGGGGGGUUCCUCUCCCAGCACCUCCCAGAGCCGGAGCUCAGUGCCCAGCUGGGGUGGAGCAGAAGGCAGGAGCUGAUGCGCAGGCAGAGGGGGAGCAGGGCUGGCUGCGGCUCCAGGGCUGCUCAGGGGGUCUUCAAGCACACAUAGGGUUGGAAGGGACCUCUGGAGAUCAUCCAGUCCAACCCCCUGCCAGAGCAGGGUCACCCACAGCAGGUGGCACAGGAACGCGUCCAGGUGGGUUUGGAAUGUCUCCAGAGACGGAGACUCCACCACCUCUCUGGGCAGCCUGUGCCAGGGCUCUGCCACCCUCAAAGCAAAGAAGUUCCUCCUCGUGCUGAGGCAGAACUUCCUAUGGUCAAGUUUGUGCCCAUUACCUCUUGUCCUGUCCCCGGGCACCACUGAGAAGAGCCUGGCCCC